AUGUUAUCAAAUAAAGAAAACAAUGAAUUACAACAAGAAGAUUUUAAUAGCGAUGUUAUUAAAUUUCCACCAGAAUUAGAAAAUUCGAUUAGUGAAAUAUUACAGACUAAUGAUCUUAUAGAUAAUAAUGAUUUUAUUCCGAUAGAAUAUAUUAAUCAAAUGCUUCCCAACGAAUAUGCAUUGGCAUCAAUCGAUGAAACGACAAAACGGCUUCAGUAUAAAAUGCGUCAGUUGGAAGGGGAAAUUCAUGAACAUACUAGAUUACAAACAAAUGGAGGUCAGCAAGGUUACGAAGAAGUAGCCGAAGCAAAAAAAGCUAUUGAGGAAUUAUUUAAAAGGAUUAGACAAAUUAAAGAAAAAGCUACUCAAUCCGAAAUCAUGGUACAAGAGAUCACUCAAGAUAUCAAGUCACUGGAUUUUGCAAAAAGACAUUUAACUACCUCAAUUACUGCUUUAAAAAGGUUACAAAUGUUAGUUACUGCAGUGGAUCAAUUAAAAGUUAUGGCAAAGAUGAAACAAUAUAAAGAAACUUCACAGCUUUUACAAGCAGUUUUGCAACUUGCAUCAUAUUUCAAAUCAUACAAGAGUAUUAAACAGAUAGCCGAAUUAUCAAUUUCAAUAGCCACUUUUCAAAAUGAAUUAAAAAAACAAAUAUUUGAAGAUUUUGAAUCAAGUUUUGCUUUGGAAGGGAGUCUUGCGACUCAGUCGGCACUCCUUGGCGAUGCUUGUUUAGUCAUAGAUAUUAUGGGACAAGAUGUAAAAAACAAUCUUAUUAAUUGGUAUUGUGAGAAACAAUUAGGAGAUUAUAAGAGGAUAUUUCGAGGAAGCGAGGAGAUUGCAUCGCUUGGUAAUACUUCAAGACGAUAUGCAUGGAUAAAAAGAGUAUUGAAGAUUUAUGAUGAAGUGCAUGCCGAUAUUUUUCCUUUACAUUGGAAUGUUAGUGAAGUUCUUUGUAUCAGAUUUUGUGAAAUAACUGGGGAAGAUUUAGUGAAAUCACUUUCUCGAGCUAAAAGCGAAUUGGAUGUUAAAAGUUUGCUCAAGAAUUUACAGUUGACACUUGAAUUUGAAAAUCAAUUAGUAAAACGUUUCACAAAUAUGGACAAACCACCUCGAGCAUCAAAUACGGAAAAUACUUCAUCAAAAUAUAAUUUUAAUAAAAGUAUUUCGAUAGCCUUUGAACCUUAUCUUGGACUGUACAUUGAUGCCGAAGACAAGAAUAUGGCAGAAAUGAUUUCGACUUAUCGUAUGGAGGCAGUUCCUGAUGACGAUAACUCAACAUCCGUCUUGCAAUCCAGUAUAGAGUUGUUUUUAUAUUAUAAAGAAACGUUGGUUAAUUGUUCAAAGUUAUCAACGCGUAAGCCUUUCUAUGAUUUAUGUAUCGUUUUUUCAAAAUGGCUUCGUACUUAUGCCAAUGAUGUUUUAAUUGGAAGAUUGCCAAAGGAAGAACGUCGAGCUAUGACGCGUGAUGAAUUGAAAUUAAUUUGUUUAAUUUUGAAUACGGCAGAUUAUUGUUACAAUACGAUACCGCAAUUGGAAGAUAAAUUAAAAGAAAAGAUUCAAGAGGAGUAUAAAGAUAAGAUUAAUUUGGACGUUGAGCGAGAUUGUUUCUUAAAGUAA